AAAGCUACAGUAGCCCCAGCCCCAGGCGCCCAAAAGGGCUUUUUUUGUGCGUCUUGGUCGCUGGCCCGAGCCUCCGUACCUCUUUGCUGGCCGCUGUGCCCUCAGGCUUCUCCGCCUUUGCUCCUCUUUCUCCUCGCGUCCCCUUGCGAAAGCCUCGCAUUUUUCUCCUCUCUUCUUUUUCACUCUCCCAAUUCCCUUCGUUUCCUUGUCCGUUUGGUGCGAAUUCCACGACAUCUUCCCCCGGUCUCGUAUUUUAUCCCUCGUAUCAGCACUUGUCGGCCGUUUUAUUACUUCGAACCCGCAAGCUUCGUCUGGAUAAUUUAUUCGCCUUGGGUUGUAUUCUAUUUUUUUUUACUUGCCCACUACGCUACUGUCCCCUUUAGCCAAACAGAAGACGCUCGAAACGCAAAAAUCCUGCGCGUGCUCUACGGUUUCUGCCUCGCUUCGACUCAUCCUUGCCUACUCGCCUGUCUCUUGUCGACAAUUGAGUUGCCCUUCGACGAGCCGAUUCGCUUCCGCACGUUUUGUUCGAGAAAAAAAACGACUCAUCGCCAUCGUCUGCUUCAGCUCGGCCUCACCCUGCUGUCGCCCUCCCACGCUUGGUCCAUCGACAACAAACGGGCAAUUUGUCCCAUCUCAGAUUAGUCUUGCACGCGCCUUGCUCGCCUGCUCUCGUUUGUUUGCAAUCGCCGCUCUCUCCGACCACCGUCUUCGAGAAAACAUAUACGCAACUCGCAACCGCUCUGCUGCUCUCAGUCUUAUCCGAUAAACCGCCCCUCGGGUGUUUGGUUAACUGCUACUGCAGCCCUUGAGCAAUCGCGUAUACUGGCACCGUCUGGCAACAGGCAAAAAGUGACUGCUGUCAAUAGCAACGACUCGUCUUCCUCGUGUUGUUUGCAGUCAUCAUUCCCCCACGUCGUACUCAGCACUAGCUGUGUUUUUGAUCGACGAUCGAGAGGCGCAACGUCCUGUUUAGCACUUCUCGGGAGAUCAAUCUCUGUGAUCAUCUGUCAAGGUUAUUGAAUCUCAAUUCCCUUGCCAGAAAUUAUCGAGGCUUGGUUCGUUGAACCCUGUCUUUUUCGCACAGCUUUAUUUUUUUUCUACCCGUUCUACUUGCAUCAAACAUACUUGACCCAGCAUUCCAACCCGCAUCUGCCACAAUGGCCGCCACAUCUUUUUCGUAUGCUCAGGCCGCUCAAGGCACCGCAACACCAUCACCUACUGGUACACCCCCUCCUCAGGAAACUGCCACCAUCCCCUUGCCGUCCGCAAUCGACUGGGCUUCUGCCGUUGAGAUGGAUGAUGACGACUUUUCUGCCCCGGCUCCCGCCUCUGCUGCCAAGGAGACCACCGCUUCUCAAGAACCUGCCGUAAAGGAAAAGGUUACUGCUGUCUACGCUGCCGAGGCGCUCCCUAGCGAGACCGCCAACAAAGAGCCGACAACGUCAACGACCGAUGCCCCUGCUGCUGAGGACGCUCCCACCUACCUUUAUUACCGCGCUCCCGCCGCUGAGCGACAAGACUGGGAGAGCACGGUUGGCUCCGAGGCCGACUCAACAUCAUAUCCCAGCUUCCGUCGCCGAUCUGACAGCCGAAGAGAGGAGGAUCCUGGCCGCCUUGAGCGCCCUUGGAGAAGGGCUGACAGAGGUAGCAUGUCUGGUUCUAUUGAUGAGGAGAACCGCCCUGGCCGUCUUGUUAAGAAGUUUGGACGCGGGGGCGAUAAAUCUUCCAAAACCGCCAAUGCUGAAAAGGUUCAGGAGGAAGCCGAGCCCAAGGGCGAGCUUCUUGAGGCUCCGAUCCCUUCCUUCAAUCCAUGGACGCAACGUAAAGACAGCACCACCACCAAGGCCAAGCUUGUCCUCGCGUCUGCUGCUACUACUGCUGCCGCUGCUACCGCCUCUAACACGGCGUCGGCUCAGCCUGCCAAGGCUACAACAGCAUCGUCGGAAACAUCUGCUGCUCCCAGCGAUUCCACUGCUGACAAGUCUGUCGACUCGGCAGUAAAUGGCGUCGCCAAGCCCCCUGCACGCAAAUGGGGAGAACUCCCUCCUCGCAACGGCGCUCGUGGUGCCCGUGUUGGUGACAAGGACGGCAAGAACGGUCUCACUGCCAACGACGACAUUGCUUGGCCAACGCCCGAGACUGCCGUUCAGGAGGAGAAGAAGAAGGCCGCUACUGCUGCACCCGCUGCUGAAAAGGUGGAACGCUCUGACAAGGACUCGACAGACGAAUCUGCUCCCGCCAAAUCCCGUCCCAAGGAGAAGUGGGUUGCCUACGACUAUGUCCCUACCGUCAGCUUCGAGACACAACUUCCUCAGAUGCGAGGCUCCAAGCCCCGCGGUGGUGCCCGUGCCGUAAACGGCACCCGCCCUGCUGGUGCUGCUGGCCAGGCCGGUGACAAGGUCCCAGCAGCUCAGACCAACAAGUCCGCUGAAUCUCGCAACCGCCGCGAAAGCUCCAACGGCGCUAGUCGAACCGCCUCCCUUCCUCCCACCAACAAGCGCGCCUCCCUCGAUGGCACGCAACUCCGUGAGCCCCGAAAGGUCUCUAACCCAUCCUCUGGCGACAAGGCCAAGGAUCCCGCUGCUACCAGUGCAGCUGCUGCUGCCCAAAACUGGCGCGAACGUUCUGACAAUGCUCCCAACGGCAGGGGACGUGGUGGUUACCGCGGCCGCGGCGGACACCACAACCUCGGCGCCAACUCUGGCGUCAACACCAAUGGCCCUGCCGUCAACGGACAGAGCCAGUCACCACACAUUCCUUCUGGCUUCAACGCGCAUAACGCAGGCAGCCGUCCUCAGGGCCCCUACAGCCCUCCUCCGCGCCAAAAUAGCCAGGGCCAGAUGUUUAUGCCUCCUUCGCAACGCGGUGGUCGUGGUGGCCGCAACGGUGCUAACAACUACCACCGCAUGUCGUUGCCCAACAACGCUACCCGCAUACCGCCACUGCAGAUGCACUACGGCGGACCUUACGAUUACCCCAUGGCCCCCAUGUCGGCGAUGCCUUUCCAGCCCCAGCCGUACUGGGACCACAUGGUCGUCAACAUGCUCCGCUCGCAGAUUGAGUACUACUUCUCCAUUGAGAACUUGUGCAAGGACAUGUACCUCCGAGCUCGUAUGGACUCCCAAGGCUUCGUCCCCAUGCACUUUAUUGCUGCCUUUAAGCGUGUUCGCACUAUGUCUACAGACAUUGCCAUGGUCCGUGCCGUCUGCGAGAGCUCGUCUGAGUUGGACCUUGUCGUUGGCGAGGACGAUUUGGAGCGAGUCCGUCGCCGAGACGGCUGGGAGAAGUGGCUUCUCCCCAUGGAGGAGCGCGAUGAGUUUGCUCGCAACAGUGGCCCUGCGCGCUUGACGUUUAAGAACCGCCCUUUUAACAUGAACCAGCAGUUCAACGCCAUGCAGCUCAUGGGCUAUGCUCCCAAUUACGGUUCGCCGACCGACAUGAGCAUGCAGCAGCAACAGCAGCAGCUCUACGUCGACCCCCAGCAGCAGCAGGCGGCAGCCUCGCCCGUUGUCAACGGCUCAUCUAACGGUGACGUGUCCAAGGCGGCGUCCCAGCUUUCUGCCAACGUACCCGACUUUGCUCCCUCUGUGAGCUCACCAAUUGUCAAUGGCCAGCACGAUACCGAGGCUACGACAAACGGCGUCCAUGCAGAGGAAGCUGAGGCCGCGGCCGAGGAGGCCCAGUCUUAAAUGAGCUGGCCUACGAACGAAAACACACAUAAAAACUCUUUUUUACCAACAAAAAAAUCCAUAUAUAUACCGAAAGGCCAUUUCCUUUGUCACCGGGUUUUGUUUUCUGCACAAAAAGAAUCUGAGUCAUUGCUGUUUCAUUUUGUCUGCAUUAGAGCGACGGCGAAACUCUCAUUUCAAGUUUUUGUUGUACACAAACGCAAACGAGGGCCAUAAAGGAGGCUCUCGAAAGGGAAUUUGACUUGCAUCCACGGGGGAUUGAUGCACGCACAGUUUGCUGUUGGUGGUGGGCUUGGCCUCUGCCACAACAAUCUAUUUUUUGAUAAUCGAUUUUACAGCACGAUUUGAAGCCAUCAAAGCAGCUUGGUUCUAUUUCCCUCAGUCCGACGGAGAUCAAAAAGAAGUGUUUUUUUCUCUCUUUUGUUUCAUAUUGUUCACUUUUCGUACUGCUACUGCUCGCUCUUGGACCAAAACUAGGACGAGUGCGGGCAUUCCAGGAACUAGGGAAAAGGGAUGGGGGGAGCAACAUUGGCGUUUUCACAAUUCGAGGGAAAUAGGGAGACGACGAUUUUGGUUGAAAGCACAGCAUUGCGGGUGCUCUCGUUGACUUGAGCCUCUUUUUCUGCUUUUUCUUGACGCCCGCUGCGGACGGAUCCGGGGCAGCUUGUUUCUGCUCAUGAUGCUGUUCUCUUCACGUUUGAAACACACUUGUGAAAAGGGCACUGCUGGACAGAAACCCCUGCGUGGCGAGAGAAAGGGAGAAGAAAGCAUGACCGGAGAGACGAGCACGCUCAUUUUUUUAUCGAAUCGAAUCGAGGCGACAUCACGACCGCUUAGAAGAAACAGGGCGACUCGAAACGACGACGCCCGGUGCAUUUUCGACGAUACAUAUUUUAUUACUAUUAUUAUUAUUAUUACCUUUUUCACAACAAAAACUCUGAUUUCUGCCUUUUUUUUCGUUUUUGUUCUUCCCAUUUGGUCCUCCCGAUGCCUGGAUUUCAGACAUGCGAGGUUGCAAAGCUGUUUUGGGCGGAUUUUUUCGCUUUCUGCGUUGUUGUUGUUUUCUUUUUGUUGCCAGUGGAUGAAUGAUGGAGGUGGUAGAGAGGAGAGAGAGAGAGAGUCAGAGGUUGAAAUGUAUGAUAUAAAUCAGGAAGUUAAAAACGAGAAUUUACGCAAAACAUGUACACUGAUGAUUGCCUUGUGAUGUGAUGUGACGUAAGGACUUGGCUGGAUGGGCGAAGGACCUGGUGUCACGCUGUUCGAAUAGACUCCAUAGAUUUCAUAUACCCGUUACUGGAUAUUUGCAUUUAGUCAUUACAAUAGACCUACAGAUGUGUUAUAGACAUGCUCUCGACGUGAUUUUCCCUCUCAAAAUAUACAGUCAACUUCAGACCAAGGUGGUCGUGGAUGUGUACAAGCUAAACAGAACAGAGGAUCCUUUCCACAUUACAACAGAGCGGCAACGAGGCCAACAAGUCCAGCCACAGCACCAGCAGUAGCUCUGGGAGCACCCGCCGCACCAGACGUUGAGCUAGGAGCCGCCGUGCCACUGUUAGUAGCACCAGUCUUGGAGCCUGUGCCCGAGGCGCCUGAGGCAGUCGGGGUAGGGAUGCUGGAGAAGGACUGGCCCGAGUGCGAGCGUGUCAUGGACUUGGAGGCCGGUGCACUUGUCUCCUCACUAGGUGUAGGCACAGUGCCAAUGGGGAGACUGGCAUGGUCGGUAGUUGUGACAACGGGGCCGGGGCCCGUGGGGAUGGUGAAGACGGUGUGGGAGAAGGCUUCGCUGGAGAGAGGGCGGAAGGACUCAAUGGGCUCGAUGAUGGAGAGACGGUUGCUGGAUGUGGGGGCGUCGUUGUUUUGCU